GGGGCCGGGGCCGUGCCCGGGCCGCCUGCGGUUCUGCGGGAGGCGGUGGAGGCCGUGGUGCGGAGCUUCGCCAAACACACCCAGGGCUACGGCCGCGUGAACGUGGUGGAGGCGCUGCAGGAAUUCUGGCAGAUGAAGCAGUCGCGCGGGGCCGAGCUGCGCAACGGCGCCCUGGUACUCUACGAGAUGGUCCCGGCCGCCAGCCCCCCCUACGUCUGCUAUGUCACCCUGCCCGGCGGCAGCUGCUUCGGCAGCUUCCAGUUCUGUCCCACUAAGGCUGAGGCACGCCGGAGCGCAGCCAAGAUUGCGCUGAUGAAUUCCGUGUUCAACGAGCACCCUUCCCGCCGGAUCACUGACGACUUCAUCGAGAAGAGUGUCUCUGAGGCCCUGGCAUCCUUCAACGGCAAUCGAGAAGAGGCAGAUAAUCCCAACACUGGGAUCGGGGCCUUCCGCUUCAUGCUGGAGUCCAACAAGGGAAAAUCUAUGCUGGAGUUCCAGGAGCUGAUGACGGUUUUCCAGCUGUUGCACUGGAACGGGAGCCUGAAGGCCAUGCGGGAGCGCCAGUGCUCACGCCAGGAAGUCCUGGCUCACUAUUCCCACCGUGCUCUGGACGAUGACAUCCGGAACCAGAUGGCCCUGGACUGGGUGAACCGGGAGCAGAGCAUUCCGGGUGCACUUUCCCGGGAGCUGGCGGCCACGGAGCGGGAGCUGGAUGAGGCCCGGCUGGCUGGGAAGGAGCUGCGAUUCCAUAAGGAGAAGAAGGACAUCCUGUUGCUGGCAGCUGGCCAGCUGGGCUCAGCACACUCCUCCGGCUGCUGAAGCCCAGGAUCCCACCCUGGGAUCCUUCCCAGUGCUCCCAACACCCUUUCCUGAGUCCCAGUCCGUUUGCACAUUUGAAAGAAAUUUAGGGAAAAAGCUCCUGAAUAGAUUUUAGCAGUUUCAUCCUGUUUUUUAGAGCUGGUCCUCAGUCUCCUCAUUCCCUAGAGAAUUUCUUAUUCCCUUGAGAACUCCUUAUUCCCUGGAAAUUCCUCAUUCCCUAUGGAUUUUUUUCUGUCCCUUAUUUUCAGGGUUCAAAUCACAGGUUUUGUCCUCUCUGCACUCCUCAAUUGUUACUGGAGCAGGUGGGAUUCCAUGGAAUCCAGUGUUUCCUCUGGAAAAGCCUGUUGGAUCUAAUGCCUGGCACCCCCUUCCCCCUGUAGCAGAAAGGGAUCAAUUAAACCUCUUUGAUAACCUCCUUAAUUAAAUCCAAAUGAAUGCCAACAAAUGCAAUAUCCAAAGAGAUUGAAAAGUGCAGUUUGGAAUUAAACCUGGGAUCAGCCUGCAGCAUUCCAGCCCCAAGCACAGCAGGAUCUGCAGCCCCCCCUGGAAUUACCCCGUCUAUAGCCCAACAUUAGCAUUGGCCUUUUCAUGGAAGCUUGGAAAAGUGGAGUUUGUGAAUGAGGCAGGGAUUUUCACUAAUUGUUCCAUAUCUCUUGUAUACAUCUCCAUAUGGAAUUCAGACUAUAUUUAGCUUUAAAAACCCCUUUUAUGACAUGGAAUUGUUCAAACAGCUCUAAGUUCACCCAAGAAAAUGUCAGUGUAUCCAUGGAAAUUUCAAUCUUACUCCCCUUUUCCCCAGCAGACUGGAAAUACAACUAAAUUCCAAGCCAGAA